AUGGUCUCUUUCACCAACCUCUUUGUUGGCAUUGCUGCCGUCGCCGGAGUCUGGGCCGCCCCCAGCAACCCCGAGAUGCUCGAGAAGCGUCAGUCAGUCGAGCCUGGAGAGGGCACCAACAACGGUUACUUCUACUCCUUCUGGACUGAUGGAGGUGCUCCAGUGACCUACACAAAUGGACCAGCUGGUCAGUACAGCGUUACCUGGCAGAACGGCGGCAACUUCGUUGCCGGCAAGGGAUGGAACCCCGGCAGCAGCUCUAGGGUCAUUAGCUUUUCCGGCGACUACAACCCCAGCGGAAACAGUUACCUCUCCGUCUACGGCUGGUCUCGCAACCCUCUGAUUGAGUACUACAUUGUUGAGAACUUUGGUACCUAUUACCCGUCCACCGGCGCCACUAAACUGGGCGAGGUGACCAGCGACGGUAGUACCUACGACAUUUACCGAACCACGCGCGUAAACCAGCCAUCCAUUGACGGUACCGCCACGUUUGACCAGUACUGGUCCAUCCGCCGCAGCCACCGCUCCAGCGGCUCCGUUACCGUCGCGAACCACUUCAACGCAUGGGCUUCUCACGGCUUGACCCUGGGCCAGCUCAACUACCAAAUUGUUGCCGUGGAGGGCUACUUUAGCUCUGGCUCGGCCACUAUCACCGUUAGCUAA